CUUUCGAGUAUGACGAGAACUCGUCUGCGAAAAUAGGUCUAUCGUUUUGAUGGCGCGACGAGCAGUACGCGCUCGGCUCAUAAAGCCGGUCGAUGUCGUCUGUACUAUUUCGCAGUAAAACAAUAACGCAAAUGCAAAUGCAAAUCCGUGCCGUCACCAGCAGCCGAUAGAACGCAUUCACUUAUGUCUGAAUGCAUGGAAAACCGAAAGACAAUGCUCGUCCCAUUGUCCCGUUCGACGAGACGAGGCAGUAGAGGCCCGCUUGACGAACCCGUAAGGUCGUGAUAGGGAUCCAGCACCUGCAUCGCGUAGCGUCGAGGCCGCCGCCGAGCGCAAACAACUAAGUAUGGGCGCACGUAGUAAUUGGCGGAAAAGCAAAAGUCGUAGGCAAGGACCACGUCCUUUCGAGUCCGAGUCGUCCAAUCAUGCUGCGACUCGUUUGGGAGGCCUGCCCCUGCGCCUGCUAUUCGUUGGGUCGUGCUUCACCCAGUUUCCGUUUUGGAAAUACGCAAGCGCCACCAAUGGUCCGCGUACCGUCUCCGAAAGCGCUGACCCGCUGCAAAAGGCCCAUACACCUUCUUCCGAAUCUUUCGCAGCACAGGAUGAAGCGCCUCAAGUAGAAGUUGGCCGUUCUUCGUCUCCUAGUCGAUUCGUCCGGCGGGAGAGUAAAAUCCGUGAGAUGAUGAACAAGAAGCAGAACUACACCAGACCGAGCGCUAGUCAUGCUGCUGCAGCACCGGACGCACAAGCACGCGGUCAAAAGAUGCAGGACCGACCACUCGAAAAUAAAGACAUCGACAGUCUGCACAGAGUCGGCGAAAAAUUUGCGGACCGCUCGGACGAAAUAGCUGGUAAACAGUUCAACCUGUCGAGGAGGACAUCGUUCUUGGAUACCAGUGGCGAGGUGUUUUUGGGUGUAGACGAAAAAGAACAUGAUGCUGGAACGCGAGAAAGAAGCUGGAUGGCGGGCACGCAAGAGUCGGGGACUGCCUCGGAAUUAUCAGUGACAGCGUCAUGCGACCUCAGUGCUACGUUUGACGUAGUCGGCAGUAAUAAACUUAGCCAGCAAGCCGGCAUCGAAACCUCCACUUGCCCGAGUUGCGCAGCAGGGACGAGCUCCUCGCUAUCCUUGGAAGAACAGCGUCAGCUGCAGCACACGAAUAAGUCCUCGCUUUCCCUUCCAGCCGCCAAACCUGAUGCCUGUGAUGCACAAACGCGGUGGUGGAAGGUUCCGAUUUGGAGUGCGUGGCAGAAUUCCGGAAGUUGUGUGUCGAACUGCAAUUGCGGCUACCAACUCCAAUACCGUACCUGAACCCACAGCGUAAGCAGUUCCACGACAAAGUGUGACGCCGUGUGGUCGUCCGGGAGCGGCGCCGGAUCGGGCAUGCAGUGGAUCUACGGAAAGAAUUCGCCCCUGCGGGAAGAACGGAAGAAAAAAUGCGAUGCGAGCGACGUACCCGUACUCUGCACCUACAGGGAUUGGGGCCAGUGGUCUGCCUGCAGCUCGACCACCUGUGCGGAGGGAACAAGACAGAGAACGCGGACCGUGUCCCAGCACCACAACGACUGCGCCCCUGAAAGCAGUCGGUGCGUUGGCGAAGACGACCCGUUGCGGAAGGAAACGGAGACCUGCAUCGGGCAAACGGUGGAAUACUGCGGUACCACGAGCACGACUACCACGACCACGACCACCUCGACGACCACCUCGGCAACGGUAGCAAACACAACGACGGAAGGUAAUGAAACAGACGUAGGAGCGAUAAACGCCAGCUCGAGGACGGAAGGCGGCGAAGAGGGUAAUAAUGCUGCGGGCUCCGGGAGCAAUUUGAUGAUAGCCGGCGGAGUCGGAGGGGCAGUGGUCCUUGGUGUCAUCGCUUAUUCUCAAUUCGGGGACGCAGCACAGGGGUUUGCGUUUUGAAGCGAUUUGAUAGAGGUGAUGGCGCUGUUGAUCACGAUUCAUGGUCGCGAAAGACCUCCCGAACAGGUGAAAAUCGACGCAUUUUAGACAAAGACGAGAACUAUUUCUCUCAAUAACUUCAGAUAAUUCCAUUCCACAGUCGAACGCGAACUGAAACGAAAGAACCAACUUGAACUCAU